UCUGCCCCCACAUCUAUAAGGCUAAUACCGUCCAGCUUUUUUCUCCCCAGAAGAUGGUAUUCACCCAGUCCGAGAUACGAGCGAUGCGCUGCUGUGUAUGUUUAUUUCACAGCACCUUCCUGUGCCCUCAAUCCAAGAUGGCUGCGGGUGAGGGCGGUGGUAGAGCUCCAUGUCUCGGUGUUUCCACUCCCGGGCCUUUAGGCAAUGUUCAGCCGAGCAACAGCGCUCAUUCCUCGGCUGCCAGUAACGACGGGUCAGCGGAUGCCACAGGAGGGGCACAGGGGGCAGCGGGACACUCUAAUCCCCAGCCAGGCCCGGGCGGCGGUGCAGGCGCCGGUGUUGCAGUAGGGACUCAGCCGAGCGCACAGAACGCUUCCCCGCAGACUGCUGCCGAGAGCGCCACGAAUGCAGCCAGGGUUGCUGGGGGGAUGACAACCUCUGCGACAAACAUGACAGCGACAACAACACCAGCUGCAUCCACAGCCGCAGCCGCGGCGCCUGGGACGCCCUCCUCGCCCCCUUCUGCCCCAGCAUCCGCCGCAGUAUUGGUUUACAGGGAACCUGUAUAUAACUGGCAAGCUACUAAAAGCACCGUCAAGGAGAGGUUCGCCUUUCUGUUCAAUAACGAGGUGCUAAGCGAUGUGCAUUUUUUAGUGGGGAAGGGGAUGGGAGUGCAGCGGAUACCCGCACACAGGUUUGUGCUAGCAGUAGGCAGUGCCGUGUUUGAUGCCAUGUUCAAUGGGGGAAUGGCCACCACCUCUACAGAGAUUGAGCUGCCUGACGUGGAGCCUGCCGCCUUCCUCGCUCUACUCAAGUUCCUGUAUUCCGACGACGUGCAGAUCGGUCCAGAGACAGUCAUGACUACGCUGUACACGGCAAAGAAGUACGCAGUACCGGCACUGGAGGCCCACUGCGUGGAAUUCCUCAAGAAGAACCUGCGUGCGGACAACGCCUUCAUGUUGCUCACGCAGGCCCGGCUGUUUGACGAGCCCCAGCUGGCCAGUCUGUGCCUGGAGAGCAUUGAUAAGAACACUGCGGACGCUCUCGCUGCAGAGGGCUUCACUGACGUCGACCUGGAUACACUAGUGGCGGUGCUGGAGCGGGACACUCUGGGCGUUCGGGAGGUGCGGCUGUUUGGCGCGGCAGUGCGUUGGGCCGAGGCGGAGACCCAGAGGCAGCAGCUCCAGCCCACCCCGGAAAACAAGCGCCGGGUGCUGGGCAAAGCCCUGGUGCUCAUCCGCUUCCCCCUCAUGACCAUAGAGGAGUUCGCUGCAGUCCCAGCUCAGUCGGGGAUCCUGACGGACCGGGAGGUGGUCACCCUGUUCCUGCACUUCACGGUGAACCCCAAGCCCCGGGUGGACUUCAUCGACCGGCCGCGCUGCUGCCUGCGGGGCAAGGAGUGCAGCAUCACCCGAUUCGGCCAGGUGGAGAGCCGCUGGGGCUACAGCGGGACCAGCGACCGCAUCCGGUUCUCUGUCAGUCAAAGGAUAUUUGUGGUGGGGUUUGGGCUCUAUGGUUCGAUACACGGCCCCACCGACUACCAGGUCAACAUCCAGGUCUCGGAAGAGCUGUGUUGUUCCACGCAGAUUAUUCACACGGACAGCAACACGGUCUUGGGCCAGAACGACACCGGCUUCAGCUGCGACGGCUCCGCCAACACGUUCCGGGUGAUGUUUAAGGAGCCGGUGGAGAUCCUCCCCAACGUCAACUACACUGCCUGCGCUACGCUCAAGGGCCCGGACUCUCACUACGGCACUAAGGGUAUGCGAAAAGUGACCCACGAGUCCCCAGCCACUGGCACCAAGACCUGCUUCACCUUCUGCUACGCCGCGGGCAACAACAACGGCACUUCCGUAGAAGACGGACAGAUUCCUGAGGUCAUCUUCUACACAUAGUUGACCCCCUGGCGUCAGGUCCUAUAAGGGUGACCUAUUACAGUACCUCUGGUCAUUGCAAUCCAGUGACCGCCCCCAUCCCCCCCCCCCCCCCCAACCCUUAGCCCACAACCCCAACCCACUUACACCCUCAUCAUCCAACUGAGCAGCAAGGGAUUGACAUGUACACAAUGGCAUUUGAAUGACAGGGUGCUGCGGUCUUAACGUUUAAUGGAUAACUGACUGAAGGGUGACAGAGAGACUACCCUCUGCACGGAACUCGGGAGGGGUCAGGUGACAGUGGGGCUGGCUGACUUCAAGGCUGCCUCUUAUGAGUCGAGGUGUAUCUGUGUCUGAUGACAGGAUCGUUUGUGGGAGAGGGGAUUUUGAGUGUAGUGGGAGAUGACGCCUGGCUACUCAGUCAUUCGCGCAGGCUGUCGGUCAACCGCCUCUCUGUCAGUCAUUGGUCACUUCCCCUAGUCCUCAGUAGAGGUGAUUGCCUGUCAGAUAAAACAUCAUCAGAAAGUACCUCCUGAAGAUUUAACUCUACAUUGCCCUGACCCCCUCCUAUCCCCUUUCCCUCAAAUGGUCAAGGGGCGUUUCCCCUUCAGUUUUUUUUUUUUUUUUUUUUUCAUUUCAUGUUGAAAUGAGGGGAAUAAUGUAUACCAUACAUUCCACUUCAUGUCACCUGUUAUUAAAAGUCAAGCCGAGUCCACAGAGUAGGAGGCUGUGAAGCCCCAAGCAGAAUCACUGCUUCUCUGUUGCCACCAUUCUUACAGCUGCUCUUUGCCUAAGAACCUGUUCUUAUGGUCCCACUCUAUUCUCACCAUUUUUGUUUAUUUUAUUGCCAAGUUGAUUAGUUAGCACUGAUGCACUUUUGGACAGGACACAGACAAUCACCCAACGAGGGCAAUUAAGUUCUGACAUUACAUGCCAUGUCCUUUUCUUUAAUUUAUGGGCUCAACCUCAUUGUGACGUGUGCAGUGUGGUUGUAGCCUUGGUGCCAGUCUUCUGGCUAACAUUAGCCUUUCAAUCUAAUGAACGUGAAGCAGACAGCAAGUACUGUAAUUAAUUUAGCAUUUUGUGAUUAGCAUGUUCCUCAAAAUGGGAUUGAUGGUAGCCAGUCGGUGCUCUUGCGUAUAAUCUGGGCGAAUAUUCAAAAGUAACCAAAAUCAUUUGCCCGCUCCACUAGGUGCAGUAUAAAAAUAUGGCUGUACUUUAUUUAGCAAGUUAAUGCUUCAUAUUUUAAUUGCAAGGCCAAGUUCUCCCUUGGAUAAAAUGUAACAGACACUAUGGGAGCGAAAAGAAAAGUAUUUAAUGUGAAUACCCAUACAACACUGCACUAUAGGGAUCUCAAUAUAAGUGUAGGGGCAAAACAUGCGAAUAAUCCAGUUCAGAGACCUGCGGAUGCAUGCAUGGCACCAUUUCUCUUUCCAGUGGAAGUGUGAAGGGUCUACGGAGUACGAAAAUGCAAGAAACGGCGUCGAUCCAUUUAAUAUAAAUGGACGAUCUUCUAGUACACUGCCGGAGUCCAGCUGUAUAAGCAACAACAUGCCUAGAAGGAUGGGAGAACUUGGAAAAUGGUGGUUGUAAGGAAAAGUGAUCCUCUGGAAUCACGAUGAACAGGAACGCUCCUACAGGGAAUUGCGCUUUAAGGACAGAAAGAGCUGGAAUCAAAUAAUGCCAGUCCAUAAAUUGAAUGUAAUACUAGUUCUGUGCUGCUCUGUGUUGCAAGUUCUGUGUUUUGCAAAUGCUUUACACUGUGUGUGCUUAAAAAUAGAAAAUCUGUAAAUAACAACCGCAAACAUUAAAAAGUCUUUAAAUGUA